AUGUCUGUCGCACRCUACAUUGUCGCUGGCCUGGCCGGUGCCGCGAGCAUCUCAGCCUUCCCCCAAUCAUCCGCGCCUCAAGCUUCUUCCAUGGCAACCAUCUACGGCAGCUCGAGCUCCGCCAUGAGCUCUUGGUCCGCAUCCCCCACAAGCACACCACCUGCUGUGGCCCUCCCAAGUGUCAUUGCACCCYCUGCAAGCCCAGCCAACACCGCUGCUGCAGCCGCCGCGGCCGCCUCCAACGCUGCUCUGGCCAAGAAAGUUCUCGCAGAUGUCACAAAUGUCAACCGCUUCAACGAGCUCCUCACCGUUGACGGUCUUGGACAGCAGAUCCUCGACCCAGCCACACUCAAAGACCGAACCGUCUUCGACUUCAACAAGAAGAUCAACCCGCUCGGUGACGGCGGCCUCUUCGUGCUUGCUAAUGAGAACAACUUCCCCAUUCUCGUGGAGCAAGGAAUCUCCACCGCAGUCGCUGUUCUCAACCCGUGUUCCAUGAACAGCCCACAUACCCACCCUCGCGCCACCGAAUGGCUCACAGUCGUCGACGGCGAAGUUCAAGCCGGAUUCAUGCUCGAGAACGGCUUCCUCGCAAACCCUCAGACGGGCGCCUUGACGACUCAAAUAUCCUCCAACCUGACCGCAUUCCAAGGUACCAUCUUCCCAAUGGGUUCCAUUCACUUCCAAUUCAACCCAACCUGCAAGCCCGCGACUUUCAUUGCGACUCUCAACCACGCCGAUCCCGGCACUUCGCAAGUCGCGCAGAACUUCUUCUUCUUGGAUGACAAAAUUGUGGAUGUUGCGCUGGGCGAGAAGAUCAACAUUAAUGGACAGAACAUUGAUCAGUUCCGCAACACUUUGCCAAAGAACCUUGUCCAGGCUGUCGAUACUUGCCUGCAGCGCUGUGGAAAGUAG